AUGUCCACAAUGACGAGUGAGCUGGAACAGGCCCGGGCGAUCCUUGCCAGCGAGCGGAGGGGCCUCGGACUCGUCCACCGGCCUAUUCGCACCACCAUGCUCUUUCUUUCAUACAGCAUUCAAGGCGCGGUGCACUAUGCAGAGGCGGCUCUAAGCAGGCCGCUCUUUAAUACCGUGCUUCUGCCGCUGAUGGUGAUAUUGUGCCUCGUGUCGUACUAUAUUGUGCCCUCCCCUGCCGCGGCGGUGUUCUCUGCAUUUGACCUGAACCGGGACGGCCAGGUCACGGCGGCCGAGGUGAACUCGUAUUAUACCACGGUGCUGAAGCAGCGCGGAGGUGGCGGCGCUGCCGCCAUUGCUGGUCAGAUCCUAGGCAGCCGUACGGCCUUGAGCGUGGAUCAGUUCAGUGAAUGGUGGCAGUCCACCGCCACCGACGGGCAGCGGUACUGCGCUGCCGUGGCAAACGGCUGGUGGCGCGAGGUGGAGUACUGGCUGGCCGAUGCGCUUUAUUGGGUGGUGCUUGGGGUGCUGUCGUCGAUCGGACUCGGCACCGGCAUGCACUCUGGCCUUCUCUUCCUCUUUCCUCACAUUUACCGCACGUGUGCGGCGGUGCAGCGCUGCGGCAAUGCGAACUUCUGGACGUAUCCGACGAACUUCUUCUACGGCCCGCGUGAGCGCCCCUUUGUGUGCCUCGCGCCGGAGAGUCAGCCAGAGCUCGCUGCGAGCAAGAUGUCGCUAGUAGAGUACUUGGUCAAGGUGGUGCCAGCGUGCAUGCUGUGGGGUGCUGGCACUGCCCUGGGCGAGGUGCCGCCGUACGCGCUGAGCUACGCUGCUGCAUUGCAGGGUCGCCACGAGGAUGAUCUGCAGGAGUCUGCCGCCGCCUACGACAUGAUGUCUCUCGCGACGAACUGGACGCUUCAAAAGGUGCGUCGCUACGGCUUCUGGGCCAUCUUGCUGCUGGCUGCAUGGCCUAAUAUGGCGUAUGACCUGUGCGGCAUGGCAUGCGGGCAAUUCCUGAUGCCUUUCUCCACCUUCUUCUCUGCCACCUUGAUCGGCAAGGCAGUGAUCAAGGUCAACUUGCAGGCGGUCUUUUUUGUUGUUCUCUUUUCGGGCGAUAUCAUCGAGCGCAUCAUGCAACGCAUGGGGAGCAGUGCUGCAGCUUUGCUACCCUCCUUUUUUCGAGUUGAGGCAGCGGUGGAGAAGGCUCUCUCAGCUGUUGUGCGGGCACGUGAGAGCAUUUCGAAGCGCGCGAAAGGCGGCGAUGUGCCUGCGACGGCGCCGGAGGUGGAGGAGGCGGGGUCGCUCCUCGUGCAGGCGAUGAACUGGUUCGUGGUAGGCAGCGUGGUGUGGUUCGGUAAGUCCAUCAUCGAGUCCUUUGCACGCUCAGAGCAGGAGCGACGUGACGGGGACACGAUCUUCGAGUUAGAGAUGGCGUUGCGGCGUCGGCACCAGAGUCUGGCCCCAGUGACAACGUCGGAGUUAAAGCAAAUGCUUGCAGCAGCGCAGGCCGACGCACAGAGCAGCGAGGGUAACAUUGCGUUCUCCGCAAUGCGCUACCCGCGGCUUCUCCUGGGAGUGGCAAUGGGGCUAAUCGCAUGGGGACUGUACAAUCAUCAAAGCAGGGCAUCUUCGCUCGGGCUCACUCUUUUGCUGCAUCGCUACCUUGACAAUCAGCUCUCGAAAAACGCGGCCGCCCGCACGGGCAUGCGCCGGGGGCUGCGUAUGGCCCUUGCCGCGGCGGUGCUGUACUUAUAUGUCUGA